AUGAUUUUUUACCUGUCCCUCGGCAUUCUGUUCACGGUCUACGCCAUGGACCUGCUGAUUCUGGUCAUCGUGUCUGCCAUCGCCCGAAGCGCUGAGGUCGCGGCCCUUCUCCGCAAAAAGGUUAAGGACCGCCGCAGAAAGAAGCUGGAGAUGAAAAAGAAAGAGCAGCAGGCAGCAGCGGCAGCGGCAGCCGCUGUCUCUGAUGUGACCUCGGCGGCUGGCGUCAGCCCCGGCGCAAACGCUCUGUCGCCGCCGGCAAGUGGCGGUGCUGCCGGCGGCGGCAGAGCUAUUGGCGGCGGCGGCGGUGCCGCUGCUGCUGCGGCGGCUGCUGGGCGUAUCGUUGUCGGAGGCUCUCUGGAGCCCAACCCAAGCGGCAGCAGUGGCUACAAUAGCAGCAGCGCAGAGGAGGGUGACGAUGACAGCGGCAGCAGCAGCAGCGAUGACGACAACGCACCACGGGUGGAGAACAUCGUGACGGCAGCACCCGGCACCGCCAUCACCAUCCCAGACGACCCAUGGGGCGGCGCCAAGGCCCCCAAGGUGCUCAUCCAGCUGCCCAUGUAUAACGAGGAGGCGCAUGCUGCCUCCAUCAUUGAGGCCUGCUGUCGCAUGAAGUACCCUCGUGACAGGCUGCUGAUCCAGGUCCUGGACGACAGUACGAAGGAAGCGGUCCGGCAGAAGGUCGACGCCGCUGCUGCACUCUGUAUCGAAAACGGCGACCCCGUCCAGGUGAUGCGUCGUGACAAUCGCUCUGGCUUCAAGGCGGGCGCAAUGGUGGAGGGUCUGAACCGCGUGGAGGGGCUGGGCUUCGAGUAUUGCGCCAUCUUCGACGCGGACUUCGACCCGCCUGCGGACUUCCUGGAGGAGACCAUCCCCGUCAUGCACCGCGACAAAACCCUGGCCUAUGUCCAGACGCGCUGGUCCUUCGCCAACGGUAACGAGUCCUUCCUCACUUGGGUACAGAAGGUCAACUUAGGGUUUCACUUCGACGUGGAGCAGCGCUCGCGCUCCUACCUGGGCUGGUUCUUCAACUUCAACGGAACCGCGGGCGUCUGGCGGAUCCAGUCCAUCCACGACGCGGGUGGCUGGCAGAGUGACACGGUAGUGGAGGACAUGGACCUGUCCCUGCGCUGCUACCUCAAGGGCUGGAAUGCGAUCUACCUGCCCCACGUGGACAACUCCAACGAAUUGCCGUGCACGCUGUCGUCGUACAAGACCCAGCAAUUCAGGUGGCUGUCUGGCCCGAUGCAGAUUCUGACCAAGUCCUUCGGCAACAUCAUGCGUGCCCGGGACAUCGGCAUCGGGCGCCGCCUCAACGCCUUUUGGUUCUUCAUUCGUUACAUCCUGUUCGCUGCCAUCACCAGCUGGGACUGGAGCUGGCCGCAAAUCUACUUUAUUGUAUCCAUCAACUUUGCGCUGGCGGUUUACCUCUACGUAACUCCGUUCUCCAUAGCUUACUUGUUCUUCUCGGUGGCCAUCGGCUACUUCAAGUUGUGGGCCAUGGUCAGCGGCCUGUUGGGGCUGGAGAAGAGCAAGACCUGGAAGGUCACGCAGAAGUUCGGGUCAAAGCAGACCGGCACCGGCCUGCUGCACCGCAUCCACCGGCCGUACGCUUUAGAGGCUUUCCUGGCGUUGUACUACGCCGGCAUGGGCGCAGCCGCCGGAGUCUACCGCAGCUGGAUCAUGCUGGGCUAUUGCGCCAUCAUGUUCCUGGUGUUCCUGGUCAUCAGCUUCGGCGACGCUUUCAUGUGA